UACAAAAAAACCACGGAGUCGAGGGUGAACUACUCGAAUUAGAGGAUCUGAAGAAAAAAAUUACAGAUCCUGCUCUAGAAGCACUUGUAGAUUAUUUUGACGUCAAACUGAACAUUCUGAGAAAGGAAAUGAUGAAUCAAGUCAUCAGGAGUCAACGCAGUUUAUCAUAUGACUUUGGCCGUAAAAUGGAGAACCUUGGCGCAAUUGCAAUAUCCGGAAACUCGGAUGGGCGCACACAUACCAAAGCCCCGAGAGAAAUUUUGAAGACAAAUUUUCCAAUAGAAGCAAUCCAGGAUUUUGAAGAAUUUGAAAAACUGAUGGACCCCUCAGAAUGGCCUAAAGAACAGGAGCAGACGGAGGCUUUAGAAAAGCAGGCGGCACUGAGAGCUUUGAUGAGGAUGAUGAUUGCUGGGUGUCAAACCAAUACCAAGUGUGUUUCUGAGCUUAUUGGCAAAUUCCUGAAACCUGAAGUGCAAUUGUGUUAUACUGGAGCAGGCAGAGUCACAAAAGGACAGGGGAAACGAGCAUUCAAUAAAACGAUUUUUUAUGCGUGCAUGGAAGGCAAAUAUGGUACAGUAAUGUUCAAAAUAUGAUAUCUUGUCUCCAUUU